AUGCAAAAACGUGAAAAUAAUUCGAUGUUAGAAGGUUCAAAAAAACAAAAAGUGUCACGCAAAUCACUUACCGGCAUCCAAAAGAAAGAAUUAUGUCAAAAGUUUGUUGAUAGUGGUGAAAAAUUAACUCAAGCAGAAUUAAAAGAGAUGUACGGAAUUGGUCGAUCAACUGUUAGUGAAAUUUUAGCUGAAAAAGACAAAUGGCUUAAUCUUAAUGAAAAUUCAAUUCUUGCUUCCAACAAACGUGACCGUCCACUACUUUUUCCAAAAACGGAUGAGGCAACAGCAUUAUGGUUUGAUGCCGCGAUCAAUGCUGGAUUGACUGUAAAUGGAAUUUUAUUACAAGAAAAAAGUAUUAAGUUUGCUGAAGCUUUUGCAGAAGAAGGAUUUAAAGCAUCUG